AUGACUACAGCCCAUCGUCCCACAUUCGACCCUGCUCAAGGCAAAGAGGCCCUUCGUGGUCCAGCCUACCAUCAACGACUCUUGCCAGCUUACAUGCAUCUCAAAACUCGUCAACCAGGACAAGGCGGCGCAGCCGAUGGACCACGCGAUCUACGAGCAGAAUUAUUAGCGGCCGAAGCUGCGCAUUUCGCAAAGCUCAAGGGCGUCACGGAUGAGGUGCCUGCUGAGCCAGUUCCGAAGCUCAAACGUGAUCUUGAGGAGGAUACAGAAGCCAAUCUCGAUGCAGAAGAUAUAGAGGCCAAAAGGCGAAGGAUACUUGAAGAAACGAGGGAUAUAGACGCCGACUCGAUAGGGUCGGAUUCGGAUAGCAGUGAAGAAGAGAGUGACGACGAAGAAGAUGAGGCCGCAGAACUCAUGCGUGAACUCGAAAAGAUCAAACGAGAGCGACAAGAACAAAAAGAGAAGGAGGAACGCGAAAGAGAAGCCAAAGAACAAGAGCAGCGAGAAUAUGAAAUUGCGCGCGGCAAUCCCUUAUUGAAUCCACAGGAUUUCAACAUCAAGCGUCGCUGGGAUGAUGACGUUGUCUUUAAGAAUCAAGCACGUGGUAGUGAAGUCAAGAGAGGGCCGGAGUUUGUCAAUGAUCUCCUGCGAUCUGACUUUCAUAAACGAUUUAUGUCGAAAUAUGUACGAUGA